AUGAUUGCCCACCUAAGUAAUGAUGAUGUGCCUUUUAGGCAAACGAAUACAUUGGUGGACGCGGCUCUUGCGAAACUCGGCCAGUGUGUCCCCCCGAUUGACGAUGAAAAGCACAAGGCUCGGAACGUUCAAUCUGCUUCUGCAGUGCCGCAAUGCGACGUAGAUUUAGCUACCGCGGGUAGAAGUUCGGACGCCCCGCCAAAGUCCACAGAGGGCGAAGCCCAACCGCCGCAGGAGCUCACCAACACGGAGCACUGUCCACAGAGCACUGCCGAAGAGCCACAAUCCGCAAAACAUCCCGAUACCACACAUGCAUCACAGCCAGAGCCUACCAACCAGAUGGCUAAUUCUGCCCUUCAAUUUCGGUCCGAUGGAGGCGAGUCGGAGACCGCUCCAAAACCGCUUCACCGUCAUGGACCUUACGGUGGAUCAGCUAUGGCCCAAGGUUACAACCCAAACCAAAACAGGCAACGUGCGCCCCAUCCCUAUCAUGGUUCGCCAAGGUACCGGACGAGCAGGCGCAGCACUGCUAGCGGCGCAUACCUCACCGCUGUGCCGGGCGCUGUUGCACGCCAGCCCGACAUCGCGGGAGACGACCUGUUAGCGGCGGCCUCAGCGGCGGCGAUGGCGGCGGCGAUGGGAAGCGCCAAACUAGCCACCAUCGCCGCAGCGCGACCCCCGCCGCCCCCACCUGAGGUCAGGGUGACAACCAUUCGGCCCAUCACACGAAAUAUGACGAUGCCUCGGGCUAGUGGCGGCGGCGACGGCAGCGGCGGCACUGGUGGCGGGUACGAUCGAAGCUCCGUCCUGUCGGUCGCUUCACCCCCAGCGGCUUCACUCGCCGCUACCGCCGUGGCGACGGCGGCGGCGGCGGCGGCGGCAGGGAGUGCCCGCAGCCCGUCGUCGUCUAUGGCUGUAGCGCCCCGCACGGCUAGGGCCUCGCUGCUGUCGUCACCGCCGGCGGCGGCGGCGGCGGCAGUAGAGCCGAGGUGUAGCAGCCGCAGUCCUUCUGCGUUUGCUGACGCCGCCAUUGCUACUGCCGCCGCUGCUGGAGGUCAAGCUGCCGCCGCAGCUGCGGUAGCGGCCGCCGCCGCCGCCACCGGAGGCUGUGGCGGCACAGCCGCCGCCGCCGCCGCUGGCCCUCCUCCGCUCAACGAUGAUCUGCUUGUCAGCCAUUACAAGCUGCUGGCGGAGCGGGAGCUGUUGGUGGUGGAGAUCCGCCGCCUAGCGUCCCAGGUCCAGCACCUCACCGCCCAGCAGGGUAUGCUCCAGGAGGAGCUCCAGCGGCUGCUGAACCAGAACAGCAGCCUGAACUCGGCACUCGCAUCCACAGUCACGACCUGCGAAAGUCAGGCGGAGCUUAUGGACAUUCUAAACGAGGCAGUACGGAAAACCGUACUCGUGGACGAGCACGAGAUGGCCGUGGCGAGGGCGGCAGCGGGGGCGAAGGGCGCGGCGGAGGCGGAGGCGGAGGAGUCCGGGGCCCGUGUGCUGGUGGUGUUGGCGCCGGAGGAUUCUAAGGAGGUGGUGGCGGGAGGUGAGACGGCCGGGGAGACGGCGGCGCCGGCAGCGGGGGCGGCAGUGGAUGCGGCAGUGUGA